UUAGAUUGCAUCAUUUCGUGCGAUUCCGUGCGAUGUCGUUUGACUUUUACGUUAAAACACGUCCUCUUCUUCUUCGUCGUUGGCGCUCACUCUAAAUUUAGAGUACGCGUGCAGUUUGUAAACGUCGCAGGUCCGGAUGAAAUUAACAAAUUAAAAUCCACUCGUUCUGCGGGCCAAUCAAAACGCGUUCUUCCUUCUAUUUCGGUGCGUUCCGUAACAAAGUUCGUCUGUUUUGUUUGCUAUUAUUAUUGUUGAUAAACAUUUUUCUGCUGAAAUUCAUCUCUCGAACAGUUGUGCUGUGGUCGUGCUGCAGUGCGUUUCGAGUGCAUACAAGAAUACACCAGUAACCUUAACAUAAUUCUGGUAGAAAAAAAACACGGAUCAAAAGGACAGCAGACACGGAUUCUUAUCGUACGGAUAAACUGAAACUCUAACGAAAUAUGGAUGAGCAGGCUAUGAUCGAAAUAUUGAGCAACCAAACUUCAAUAGACGACAGCAGUAUCGUGAUGUACAAGAUCCAUAACUGCAUAGAAUUGGUCUUAUGCUUCAUAAAUUUGAUGUCCGACCUGUUGAUCGUAACGAUUAUGAUGAAGAACAAGAGCGUGAACACCAGAACUAACAAAGUGAUCAUGCACUUCGCUAUAGCGGACGCCUUCAGCAUGAUCGACGAUUUGGGACUGUUCUACAUCAUUCACGAGAAGAUCACAUACCAUUUAUCUAUGAAUCGUCUCACUUGCGCUUUCGUAAUCUUCCAAAUCACAUCCCUAUGUGCCAGUUUGCUGUUUAUCUUACUUCUACUCUCCAACACAUUGAUGAAGAGCGCAAGAGUCUCCGAUAAGAUUCUAAUAUUAGUUUACUACGGAAUCAUAGGCCUCGUCUUUAUCUUGGAAAUCCUCUUCUGCGCAUUCCUGCAUCGCAACUUUCACGUCUUCCACUCUGUUAAUUUCCUUAUUUUUGCGACAGCGGUCAUCUGUCUCUUCGUUAAAGAGGUCAAUAGAUUAUAUAAGUUCUGGAAGAAACGACCUUUGAGUCAAAACACGGCGUUCAGGAUGAACGUGGCCAGAAUAUUUAUAUACAGUUUGAUGGUGGAGUUCUUCAGUUACGGAACCAACAAAUUCCUGCUCUUCUUUGGCUUGUUUGGAUACUUGACAGGUUUCUUGAUCAUCCUAUACUUGGCCUACAGCGAUCGCAAUUUCAAGACUUGUUUGCUGAACUUGCUGACUUGCCGAAUAAGAAACUACGACGCAGAUGCGACCAUCAGGUUUGCAGACGAAUGCAGCGAAACCAUGGAUGAAAUACCAGAUGUUAAUGUCACGUUCAAUGGAAAUACAACUUCAUUACGUUAACAAGAAAUAUGAAUAUAAUCAAUUUAUAGUAGCUAAAUACCAUUGUUUAAAAGCAACCAUGUUAUAUUUUCACUAAUUGCUAUAAUAUUCAAUUCUCAUAUUUAUUGAAUACAAUACUCUAAAACCCAUUACUAAAAACCUUUUCAAGGAAUGUAAAUACAUUAUUCCAAUGAUUCUAUUAUAAGUUUUAUCAUUUAUCAUAAGCAAUAAACUUAAAGCCUGAAGAAGCAAUGUCUUUACAUUUUAUCCAAUUACUCGAUAACCACACAAUCUAAUUCGUUUGUCAAAUAUGCAAAUUAAAAGUAAAACCUUGAUCUUUGUAUCAAGUUAACAUCCAGAUUUCUGGCCAAUACCUAUUUCCCAUAAUAAAUCGUCAAUAUUAAACAACAAAAUUCAAGCAAUGUCUUCAGCUUUCACUCAAUUAUUCGAUAAUUACGAACGCAAUUUACAUCAACUAAUUUGCAGAUUUCACACGAAAAUACGACCUCUCUCUUGAGACUAAUCCCAGAUAUUUGAUCUAAACUAAUCUCCAGCAAUAAGCUUACAAAAUCGAAAAUGCGAUAUUUUAUUUUUUAAAUUAACUCGAAAACUAUUGAAGUUUUUACAUAGCUUAUAGUUAUACAAGAAGAUGAAAUAAUUGUUACGUAAUAUCUGUUAGAAAACGCGUUACUACGAAUAUUCCUUCGCGGUGUUACAAUUUCAUAAUAUAUAUAUUUGUAAUUGCAAGAAAGGAAUCUGUGCAUUAAUUCUGUUUCC